CAAAUACUACUAUAGUUUUAUUAAAAACUAGUUACAAUCAUUUUAAAAUAAAUUAUUCCUGCGACGCGAUCCUUACCAGAAGGGGGUACCCAGCCAGUCCCAUUUCAUCUUCCUACUUUCCGGCACUAUUUCGAUAAUAUCAAAUCCGCUUCGGGCUGCAGCAGGGGAGGGAAUGGGUCCAGUCAGAAUCGUCUUCGAUUUCGGGGUGUGCACCUUUACGGCUCCGGUCAAAUCGCCUUGUCCAGCUCCUCCUAGUGUCACGGGGUAUCCGUUCACUGAGAAAGUAAUGGGAUCAGUUUCGAAUGCACUCGUGCACUAGCCAAAGCGAUGACUGCCGAAAAUAGAAGGAAUACAAAUUUCAUUUUGUUGGUAUGUUAUCACGGGCAAAUAAAUGUCCCCGAGUUAUCAAAUUUCCGAAUAUAUAUGCGAUUAUCUUGCACGCC